CUGUGUCUUGAUUUUUGGGGUAAUAAUUCAUUGAUAGAGACAUAAAAACGACCAAGAAAACAAUGCAUCGCUUUCAGUCUUCCGCGUCGAAGGGAUCUUAUCCUCCUGGACCCAAAGUUGUGAAUAUGCCAACUCUUGACGCAUGGGUGAAGUAUCGAGACUGGGGAAACAAAUACGGCGACCUUGUCUACCUCCCUCGAUGGAACACUCUGAUAACCAAUGAUGCCGACGUUGCUAUUGAUCUGUUGGAAAAGCGUGCUCGUAUCUAUUCCGAUCGAGCGAUGUCUCCCAUAAUGAAGCUCUGUGGAGGAGAAAAUUUGUUGUCAGUUGAGUGGCGUAAGGACAGGCGGGUAUUUCAGCAGACCUUUCGUCAAGCUGCAAUCGGCCAGUUUUAUCCGGCACAAUACAAUAAAGUUCACGAAUUCCUACGCGAAUUACUACUCACGCCUGAAGACCUUACGCAACAUGUCAAUGGACUUUCUCAAGGACUUAUUCCAAAGGCACUAUAUGGGCUUGACAUUGGACCCGAAGAUGCUCUGGCAAGCAAAGUUGCAGGAAUAAUAGAUACAUUUGGAAAAGCUCUACUUAGUGGCAGCUUCCCUGCAUAUGAAUGGUUUCCAUUUCUGAUCUUUAUGCCUUCUUGGUUCCCUGGAUGUGGCUUCAAACGGAUUGCCAAUGAGUGUGGAAAAGUUGUGGAAGAGAUAUACACUGUUCCAUUUGACCUCGCAAUGAAUAACAUGCAAAACGGCACUAGAACAUCUCCCAUUGUCGAACUGGCAAUGCAGAAGCCUCAAGAUAUCAAGGAAAUCAAGGCAAUGGGUACCAUGAGUUUCAUUGGUGCAAUUGACACGACUAUGUCCUCGAUUUCUUCAUUCAUUCUGGUUAUGUGUCUUCAUCCUAAUGCACAAACCAAAGGUCAAGAGGAAAUAGAUCGUGUCAUUGGCAAAGAUCGGCUGCCUACCUUUGAAGAUCGCCGACAUUUACCUUAUGUCGAAGCCAUUUAUCGUGAAGUCAUGCGGUUGCACCCUCCCGUUCCUCUUGGAUUUCCUCAUAUAUCAAUGGAAGAUGAUUCUUACCGUGGAUAUCAUAUUCCAAAAGGAUGCGCAGUGGUUGCUAAUAUCUGGGCUAUGAAUCGAAACCCAAAUGUAUAUCGAGAUCCUGAUCGAUUUCUCCCUGAGCGUCACCUCAAAUCGGCUGCGGGUCCAUUUGAAAGCAUAGACAACAUCUAUGCAUAUGGGUUUGGUCGACGAGUCUGCGCUGGACGUUAUAUGGCUGACAAUACCAUUUGGCUCACAGUGGCCUCUGUACUAGCUGCCUUUACAAUGGGUAAAGCCAAAGAUGGAAAUGGGAAUGAAAUUGAUAUCCCAGGCAAAUUCACCAAUCAUUUCUUCGUGUAUCCCAAACCUUUUCAGUCCAGUAUCAUUCCUCGCAGUCAAGCUGCAGAGAAUUUGGUUCUUGCUACAGUCGAUCAGUGAAUGUCAGGAUUCACAAGUAAGGCCAAGUCCAUAGGAGUCAUUGCAAUCUACUUGUAUGAUUAUUAAAGGGAAGCUGGAGCACUAGCGACCCAAAGAAACUUGACCGCACCACGAGCAAUUAUUUGCUAAAGCAUCGGUAUCAGUAUACGCAGUGGCGAUCUUCAUCACAAGAUUAACCCCUUCGCAUUGCCGAAUAUCUUGCAGCUCAAGGAGGUUCAAUACUGAGGUGCGGGGAGAGACG